CCCUGUUAUCAUGGCACCAUUCUCCAACUCGUCGCACUUUUCCUGCAACACAUUCAUCUUUCUUUGUUUCUCAGCUCUGUAGGUCUCGUUGCUGAAACAGAUUUGGAAAUACCGCCCGAGAAACUGCUGACAAUAUUCCCGUGUCCUGCAGAAUUUCUGGGCAUCAUUCUCCGCCACAGCAUCGUAGCAGGGAACACGCUCAGGGUUGGCAGCCAUGAGUGCUAGGCACUCUUCGCUCUUUUCUCUCUUGUUCAGUUGUCCACUCUCGAUGAUGGAGGUGAAAAACAGCAGAAGAC